CCCCUGUCAGAAGUGGGCGGGGAAACCUGUGUGAGGGGGGUUGCCGCCAUCUUGGAUAAAGUCUGUGUGUGUGUCUCUGUGAAGGGGGGAGGAAAACCCGGAGGUGGCGGCCGGAAAGGGAGAAAGUACGAGCGAUAAGAAUUAAAGGAGAAGGAAGAGAAGGCGGUGGAGGAGGAGGCCGUCGCUUGAGAGGAAAAGAGGCAGGCCGUCGCCGUCGCAAAGCGGAGCCAAGCUGCCCAGUCACCGCCAUUCCUUCGGACCCGGUGCCACAAUGGCAACUGCACCUUACAACUAUUCCUACAUUUUUAAGUACAUCAUUAUCGGGGACAUGGGUGUAGGAAAGUCCUGCUUGCUCCACCAAUUUACAGAAAAGAAAUUUAUGGCGGAUUGUCCCCAUACAAUUGGUGUUGAGUUUGGUACAAGAAUAAUUGAAGUUAGUGGCCAAAAAAUUAAGCUGCAGAUCUGGGAUACGGCAGGACAAGAGCGAUUCCGGGCUGUCACGCGGAGCUACUACAGAGGAGCAGCAGGGGCGCUUAUGGUCUACGAUAUUACUAGAAGAAGCACAUAUAAUCAUCUAAGCAGUUGGCUGACGGAUGCAAGGAACCUAACUAAUCCAAAUACUGUGAUCAUUCUUAUAGGAAACAAAGCAGACUUGGAGGCCCAGCGGGAUGUGACGUACGAAGAAGCCAAGCAGUUUGCUGAGGAAAAUGGGUUGCUGUUUCUCGAAGCCAGUGCAAAAACGGGGGAGAACGUGGAGGACGCCUUCCUGGAGGCGGCCAAGAAGAUCUACCAGAACAUCCAGGACGGGAGCCUGGACCUCAACGCGGCCGAAUCGGGCGUCCAGCACAAGCCCUCGGCCCCUCAGGGCGGGCGGCUAACCAGCGAACCCCAGCCCCAGAGAGAAGGCUGCGGAUGCUAGUGACCUCCAUCCCUCGGCUCCGUUUCCCGAUCUUUCACCUCUGUUAGGAGCCCCUGGGCUUCGGUUCCCCCCUCUGUACAUCUUUACCGGGUUUAAUCAAAAAACUCCUGAGGCGACAGUUUAAUACAGUACUAAACUGCUAAAAACAAACAAAACAAAACAAAUAUAAAUACAUAAAUAAGAGAAACUUAGAUGUAAUCAGGUUAUCAAAGGCAAGUAGAGUCAUAUCCUCUCCCUGCAUGGUAAAUCUAGAAGUCUUUAAUGCCCCCCUUCCCUCCUUCCCAUGUUUGUCCUUGUGAAUAGAUGUCACCAAUUCAUGAUUUCUUAACAAAACAAAACAAAACCCAGAGCACUGGAUGCUGGACCUCACGAUUUUUACUCUUCCUCCGCUUCCUCUUCCUCUCUGCAGGGCUUUUGUCUCUCUUUCUCUCCGUUAAGGUUGAACUUCAUUAGCUUCUGCUUUUCUUCCCAAAUUGGUCCCUUUUCGAAGGAUUUGCUGUGAGACGGCUUGAAGGGUUGUAUGGGAUGAUUUUGCCUGAGGUUUCUUGUAUGGGAACCUUCCCUCUUGACGUUGCCUCUUCCUCCUUUUUAAACAAAACACUUAGCAGAACACAAACAUGUAUAUGUUUCGAAGGAACCUAGCUAACUAUGAUUUUAAUGAGGAAAAUGAGUGACUGCCAUUGAAAAUUAGAGAUUUCUCUCCACUAAUGCUCUGCCCCGUCAUCUCCAUCCAACCUGUUGUUUCCAUUGAUCCCGUGCAAUCGAUUCCGCUCUUUUUCCUUCCAUUUUCACCCAGCUUUCCCUUUUUCCUGCCUUAUUAUAGCAUAGGAAGGCUGGGCUCUGUGAUGGCGGCACAUCUUAACGCUUUUACGGCCAACUCGUCCCUUCAUUGCACCCUCUAUAAAGAUUCCAGGCUUAUAUUUGUGGCAUUUGACACUACAGCAGCAAACGGGCUUCACGUCCUCCUCGUCCUUCUACAUACACACCUGUCAGGUUGAAGCCACCCCACUAUUUUUUUUUUUUAAAAAGAGGGCCACCAAUGGUUAUUAAGCAUGUCCUGUAAUUAUUAAUACAAUAAAAAACAUCCUUGUCAAGACACUAAAAGCAAGGCCGUGUUCCAAUAUGUCAAAAGGGCGAUCAACCAGCAUAUUUGUACAGUCGAUGUUAAAUAAAAGCCAAAACUGGAAUGUGCAAAAUGAUUAUAAUAUUAUAGUGUUUUGGUAACCUGUGCACUGUCCCUUCUUGGUGUGUGUCCCCUUUUAUUUUCUUCCUUUGGCUCUGGUUAGGUUUCUUCCUUUUUUCCUUCAAUCUAGGAUUCUUAUCAUAGGUGAGUGUUACACAAAACUGCAGCUUUCUGAAUUUAAAUUGCACCAGGCGGGGUGUUUUUUUUUUUUAAUGAUGUUGAUGAUGAUUUGCCCAGGGACCACGAGCCGUUGUUGACGUUCAGUUUGGGCAAAAGGCCGUCGCUUCCGGCAACUUCCUGGCGGUGCAAUACCCCCCCCCCCCCUUCCCCUUCUUCCUCGUGUUCCCCAAACUUAAAAGAUUCGGUUGGUCUUUUGUUUCUGUGACAGGACUAAUUUGGGCUGCUGUACUCAUCAUUUAAUGUAACAAUGCUAUUAUCUAAAUAUUUGUAAAUAAAGUACCUAUAUCUAGAUACAA